CAGUCUUCAUCAGAGAGGGAGCAUUCUCAUGUCAAAGAUCUUUGUCUUCUUAAACUCUAUCUGAACUGUAACUGUUAGGAUCCCACAUUUUAAGCCCCUUCCUCUGAAAAAGUUGAGUUCUUUAGCUUUUAUGUUAGCUGUUGCAUUAAUGGUGGAAUAUUAUGAAAGCUAGGGCUCAUCUGUAGGACCCAGAAACUCAGAAAGGGUCCCUAGAGAGAGUUAUAGAGAGGGAAGGGAUGAAGGAGGUCUUUGGGAGUCCAGGGAAGGUGAGUGGGCUGGUACUGAGAAUUGGGCAGUGCUCUUUCGCUGCUGCUUCUAUUGGAGUGAUGGUCUCUGCUCAUGGCUUCUUCAACUCCACUGCAUUUUGCUAUUUAAUUGCAUCAAUGGGGCUUCAAGUUCUUUGGAGUUUGGGACUGGCUUGCCUUGAUUUGCAUGCUUUGAGGUCAAAGAGAAGCUUGCAGAAUCCUGUUUUAGUGAGCCUAUUUGUUGUUGGGGAUUGGGUGACAGCUAUUCUGUCGUUGGCCGCUGCAUGCUCAUCAGCUGGAGUGACAGUUCUGUAUUCGAGAGAUUUGAAUUACUGCGGGCCACCGGCACAUCUUCCAUGCAGCAGAUUCCAAAUUGCUGUUGCUUUCGCUUUUAUCUCAUGGUUCCUCCUUGCUGUUUCGUCCAUUGUCAUGUUUUGGUUGCUAGGUGCAGUAUGAGUGACAACUUACACCACCAUCACAGCAAACUUACAUUAUUCUUCAAUUUUCCCCUGUAAAUAUCAUGUUACACUUCAAAACAAAUCAGUUUUGUUGAGAACACCUCACAAUUAUUUUUCCUGUUGUCUUCUGGAUCCAUAGAUCUAUAAUCAAAGUGGGUUGGUAUGAAGAUUGUAAUCAUUUGCCCUCCAUUA